UUUAUUGGCCAAGAAGAACGUCAGUCCAUCCUUUAAUUGGCUAGUCGGGGUUGAAACUCGGCGGCGACUGGCCUAGCAGAGCUAGGGGGCGGGGCGAAAGCUAGGUCUUCAUUGGUCUCCUCCCCUCAGCGGCGGCCGAGAUUUACCCUUUUCUCCCCGCUCGGUUAGGUAGAGGCCUCGCUCCUCUCCGAGGUUCUCGCCCCCAUUGGCGCGCGGACGAGGCCGUGACCCCGCCCCGUGGCCCUUCCGGCGCGCCGAUUGGUCGCUGCGGGGAACGGGGCGGGCUGAGGGCAAGCGCGCCGUGCCCGCAGAAGGAGAGCGGCGCGGCGCGGCGCGGGGGAGCAGGCGGCCAACCGGCUGCAUGGCGCGCUGCGAGCGGCUGCGCGGCGCGGCCCUGCGCGACGUGCUGGGCCGGACGCAGGGGGUCCUGUUCGACUGCGACGGAGUGCUGUGGAACGGCGAGCGCGCCGUGCCGGGCGCCCCGGAGCUGCUGGAGCGGCUGGCGCGGGCCGGCAAGGCGGCGCUGUUCGUGAGCAACAACAGCCGGCGCGCGCGGCCCGAGCUGGCUCUCCGCUUCGCGCGCCUCGGCUUCGGGGGGCUGCGCGCCGAGCAGGUCUUCAGCUCCGCGCUGUGCGCCGCGCGCUUGCUGCGCCAGCGCCUGCCCGGGCCGCCGGGCGCGGUGUUCGUGCUGGGCGGCGAGGGGCUCCGCGCCGAGCUGCGCGCCGCGGGGCUGCGCCUGGCGGGGGACCCCGGCGAGGACCCGGGCGCGGCCCCGCGCGUGCGCGCCGUGCUCGUGGGCUACGACGAGCACUUCUCCUUCGCCAAGCUGAGCGAGGCGUGCGCGCACCUGCGCGACCCCGACUGCCUCCUCGUGGCCACCGACCGCGACCCGUGGCACCCGCUCAGCGAUGGCAGCCGGACCCCCGGUACCGGGAGCCUGGCUGCUGCCGUGGAGACAGCCUCGGGCCGCCAGGCCCUGGUGGUGGGCAAGCCCAGCCCUUACAUGUUCGAGUGUAUCACCGAGCACUUCAGCGUGGACCCCGCCCGCACGCUCAUGGUGGGCGACCGCCUGGAGACCGACAUCCUCUUCGGCCACCGCUGUGGUAUGACCACCCUGCUCACGCUCACAGGUGUCUCCCGGCUGGAGGAGGCCCAGGCCUACCUGGCAUCUGGCCAGCUCGACCUCGUGCCCCAUUACUAUGUGGAGAGCAUCGCGGACUUGAUGGAGGGGUUGGAGGACUGAGCCCAUGUGACUGGCACUGCAGCCCCAUCCCUCCCUGACCCUGAUCCCGUAGAUGGAGGCAAGGGGCCAAGAGCUGCAGGCUCCUGGGCCCCGUUUUCUGCAGCUGCAACUGGUGGGGUUGGGACCCAGGGAAGGUUUUAGGGCCCUCACAUCCCCUCCCAGUGAUGGCUGGGCACUCUUUGCUGUUCCAGAAGCGGUCCCCCUUCCCCCACCAGUUCGCCCUGGCCUAACCAAGCCAGGUGGCCUUAUUUCCUCGCCUGUGACCUCCCCUCUUUGAAAUCUGGGCCUUGAUGCCCGCUGAAGAUUUCCCCCAACCCUGAACACUUAAUGCCCUAGUCCCUCCUGGGGCGGGGUGCGGGGGGGGGUUGCCUCUAGAGCUCUGUCUGCCCCUGGAGCCCUGGCCCUGGGUUCCUGUUGACCGAUCAGAGGCCUAGGUAACCACUAACCCUCCUGUGCCCUGAAUGGACCAAUCAGAAGGCUAAGCAAGAGUGACUCAUUGAUGGGUCUGUCCUGAGGGGUUUCAUUGGGAACCUAAAGUGACAGUGACGCUUUGAUGUUCUGAAGCCAGAGUGGACCAGUCGGAAGGCUAAGUGGCAAUGACCCUUUCAUGUCCUGGGUCCUGUGAGACCAAUCAGAAUACAGAGUUCUAAUGACUCAUUGGCCUCUUAGAUCCUGAAGAGAACAAUCCAGAAGUCUGAGAGACAGUGGCCCCUUGACGGUCUGGAUCUGACUGGACCAGCUAGGGGUCCAGAUGUCUGUCAAUAAGUAAGGGUCCAAGGGCUGAAGACACCCCUCCACAAAGAUCGUGAGCCGGGGGUCCACGCAGUGGCUCUGGGGGCUUCUGUAGUGCGGCCCCACCCUUCCCUGAUGAUGGUACCAGAUCAGCGUUGGUGGUGGCCACAGCUCCGGAGGGCGGGGCUUUUGUGUCCCUCCCUGUGCUGUCCACGUUUGCUGUGCCACCUCUCCCCCCCAUGCCCACCCCCAGCUAUUUAUUUAUUUAUUUAUUAUCGUGUGCCAGUGUCGGUGGGAGUGGGGGCGGGCCCUUCCCACCGCUUCCACCUCUGUUGUAACCGGUCCUCUUGUACUUAAUAAAGUGCGAGUGGAGUGUCCGUGUGGGCUCAAGUCUGUGUGAGCAGCGGGGCGAGAGGAGGACCCCCUGCCUGCGCCUGGUCUCCACAGAACUGGCCCGGUGCACCCUUCCCCUGCGUGAGAAGACCCACCUCAGGACCAGAGCAUUUUCUGUGUGUAGAACUUACUACCUCAACCUGAUGGCACGUUGUGCCUCACGGGGGGGGUUAAAUACCAAUUUCUUUCAGUCCUUCAGAAGACAGCGAGCUUGUAGUACUUGGCCCGUUUUACCACUUGGGGAAUGAGGAUCAGAAAUGCGGCGUUAAGGGGCGCCUGGGUGGCUCAGUCGGUUAAGCUUUCGACCCUCAAUUUCAGGGUCCUGAGUUCAAGCCCCACUACUUAAAAAAAGACGCUCCAGAAACAUGGGUCUAACUUACCAGUGGCACACAUCUAGAAAGCAUGAUCUCCUGAGGCCGGAUUUGAACUUGUGUUGGCUGAUCCAGGAGGCUGCAGCCCCCACUCUGCCAAGACUGAAGGGGAAAGAGAUCCCGGCUCUCCUGGAGCUCAGUGCUGGCAGUUUCAGAAGGGAGAUGGCUAUGUGGAGAAGGAGGUUCUGGUGACAUCUCUCCUAAACGGCUUCAAAAUUCCACGCACUCCGCCUCCAGUAGGCCCCCAUCCCUGUCCUGG